AUUUUUUUUUUUUUUUUUUGCAAGAUCGAUUUCGAUUUUCAUCUUUUUGAUCACCCCACUUUUCUUUUAAUUACGCCAAUAUAUAUAUUAUUAAUUAAUUACAAUCGGAAUUUUUACUAUUAGGCAAUACCGUUUAACCUUACUUAGAUGACGUACAACAUAAUAUUUAUCUUAAUUACAGAAAAUUUGAGUUCUAGUAAUUAAAAAUAUUAAAAUUUUGAGAUGGAAAAUAUUCUUGUUAUAGUCGGUAUAGAUUUUGGAACUACAUUUACGGGUUUUUCUUAUUGUCAUGUUGCAUCCGAGAAUAAAGAUAUUGUCACAAACGAACAAUGGCCCGAUGAUGUUGGCAAAUUUAAAACAAAUACAGUUCUUCAAUAUGAUAAAGAGUUUAGUAAAGUGGUACAAUGGGGAAAACCAGCUUUAGCUAAAAGACCAAAGCGAAAGAAUGAUAAUAAAAAUGAAACAAAACCUGUAGAAUUAUUUAAAUUACAUUUAGGUAAUUUAAGUGGAAAUUUAAAACCUAAACUUCCGAUUAAUUAUAAAAAAGCUAUUAUAGACUAUCUCACUGAAGUUGGAGAGUUAAUUAGAAAAACACUUAAACCCUCUUGGGAUGAUGUAGAUUUAUUUGAGAAUGUUCUUUUGGUACUUAGCGUUCCGGCAGAAUAUUCAGAAAAAGAAAAAGCGAUAAUGAGAGAAUGUGCAUAUGAAGCUAAAUUAAUCGGUGAUAAAAAGACAGAAUUUUUACAAUUUACUACUGAACCCGAAGCUGCUGCAGUUUAUUGUAUGGAAAAUUGUUUAAAAGAAUAUGAAACUACUGGUAUAGGAACAACUUUCAUGAUCGUUGAUUGUGGUGGUGGAACUGUUGAUUUAACAACUCGUAAACUUAUUGGUGAUAAAAAAGUUGGCGAAGUUACUGAACGAGCAGGAGAUUAUUGUGGUAGCGCAUUUGUUGAUCGAGCAUUUUUGGAACAUCUUGGAAAAAUAUUAGGUCAUACAGCAAUUGAUAAAUUAAGAGAAGAAAAUUACAAACAAUUGCAAUAUUUGGUUCAAAAAUUUUGUCGAAGCGCUAAAUUUAAAUUCAAUGGUGAUGAUGAAAAUUUUCAUUACGAAUUAGAUCUUUUAGAUACUGCACGUGACUUACAAAAAUAUGUUACCGGUCCCGCUAAAGAGUUGAUGCAAGAAAAAGAAUGGAUAAUUAAUAUUGAAUAUAAUGAUAUUAAGUCAAUGUUUGAUCCAGUAGUUGAAAGAAUUCUUGAUUUAAUAAAGUUACAACUUGAAAAUUGUCGUGAUGAUUGCUCGACAAUGUUUUUAGUUGGAGGAUUUAGUCAGUCAAUUUAUUUACAAAAUCGUAUUAAAAAAGAAUUUCAAAAUAAGGUUAAAACUAUUUCGGUUCCCACUCAUCCUAUUGCUGCUGUAGUUCGUGGUACUACAUUAUAUGGAUUAGGAUUAUAUAACAAAUUAUCUAAUUUACAAAAUGAGGAUCGUGUAAAAUUUGUAUUAACGACUCGUGUAUUAAAAUUUACUUAUGGUAUUGAGGCUUAUGAUAAUUGGAAAGAAACUGAUCCAAUAGAACGAAAAAAUUUUAGAGGAGAUAUUUUGAAAUUUCAUACUAUUGCUAGAAGAGGUCAAAAAAUUGAAAUUGAUAAGGAAAUUAUUGUAAAAGAUUUUGUUCCAUCUUUUACUUUACAAAAAGUUGUGGUAUUUUCUAUAUAUUAUACACGAGAAUACAAUGCAGAAUAUUGUGAUGAACCUGGGAUGGAAUUAUUAGGAAAACUUAAGAUAAACAUUCCGAAUAGAGAAUCUGGGCGUAUUAAUUUUGGUUUAUCAUUUGGUAGAAUGGAAAUUACUGCCAGCGCAAAAAAUGAAACAAAUGGCCAAAGUUAUCUUGCCACUUUUGAAAUAGAUAAAGAGAAUGAUUAAAUGUUAUUAGACUAAAAAUAUAUAUAUAUAUAA